UACCACUUCUUCCUCUGUACCUUUUUUUCUACCAAGGAGGAGAGGGGCACGCGGUUUCAGUUUAGACGGAUACAGCGCCAGCCUCAAGCUUAGACUAGGAGAUCACCGGGGGAGUAUGGGUUUGGACAGUGGAUGCAACCCCGUCCUUGGUGCCAUGGACGUGGAGCACAGAUGAUCAGAACCUUCAAGAUCCCAUCCCUCUGUUUCCCGGGUUGGUCGAUCGCAUAUGUAAUCAUGUAUAAUAAUCAUAAGAUGAUGGUAGUGCCUUGUAUAUAUCCCUUGAUAAAUCUGGCCUAUUUAAUACAUGCCAGUCAAGCCAGAAGCCGAUCUUGGUUGCCCAGAUGUCUGAUUUAACCGCCUGUGGACCGUUUUGAACAAACAAACAAACAAACAAGAGGGCGCCGAGG